GCAGCCCAGCUGGAGUUCGUCCAGAUCCUGGUGAUCGUGGUGGUGAUGAUGGUGAUGGUGGUCGUCAUCACCUGCCUGCUCAACCACUACCGCCUAUCAGCUCGCUCCAUCCUCUCCAGACACGCCCCCGCACGCCGGAGACACCUGCCCCUGGCCAACGAGGGCAGUCUGUGGUCCUCUGAGGCGACGGGGACAAACAGCGGUCUACACGAGGUGUACAGCCCCCGCCCUCCAGACAGACCCGCCCCCUCGUCCUAUCUUCAGAGGGAGCCUCAGUCCCAGGCCCCUCUGCAGUCCCAGCGCUUCCAGCACACGUACGCCCCGAGUCGCUUCCAGCCCACGUACCCCUACCUGCCCCAGAGCCUCAUCGACCUCCCCCCCACAAUCUGCCUUUCAGACGGGGAGGAGCCCCCGCCGUACCAGGGCCCCUGCACGCUGCAGCUCCGAGACCCCGAGCAGCAGAUGGAGCUGAACCGCGAGUCGGUGCGAGCGCCGCCCAACAGGACUGUGUUCGAUUCCCACCCGAUUGACCCAUCCAGCUCCUGUCUGCAGGCCAGUCUGCAGGCGCCUCCGCCGAGCGUCCACUCCGGCGUCAGUGUGCUAGAAGCCCAGGAGGCGUUGUCCCGGCAGCAGAAGCCGGGCUCUCGAGUAGACGGCGCUCCCCCGACCUACAGCGAGGUGAUCGGCCACUACUACCACCCGACGUCCCUGACGCCCGGCCACCACCAUCGGACUGUGUCGUCCACACAACCACCGCCGUCCUCGUUCAUGCACGGCCUGCUCCGACCUCCACCUCAGCGGCGAGGAAGUGUGGACAACAGGAACGCCAGGAACACAAAGGAGAAAUCCCAGAAGCCCCAGCAGGUGUGACAGAACGGCUUCGUUAUUCCAAGACUAUUUCUGCUCGCCGCCUGGGAAGUUUCCUCAGCAAAAGGGGAAUGACCUGGUCUUUGGUAAAAAACGGUUUAAGGGCUGGUUAGUUGUAGUUUCAGCCGGGCAUGUUGGUCAGUGUCCUGGAUCAUCCUGGGACUGGGAUGGAGUCGGCUUUUGGAUAGGUAAGAACACCUGGAAGCCUUGAACCUCCUGCAGAGCACAUCAGAGGAGGAACGCCUCGUCCUUUUCCUCCUCCUAUCAGACUGACCUAUCCAGAGUUCAUUCAUUAUAAAUAUUUACAUGUUUGUUUGUUUGUCUUCUUCGCGCUGACGAAAACAUUUCCUUUCCAGACAAAAUGGCGAAACGUUGCAAGGUUUUUAAUUUUUUUGUGAUAAUCCCCCAGUCACUGCUUUGACUUCAUUUGUUUUCCAUUUCCAGUGACUCCUGCACCAUGAGCUGCACUCCCUUGGACAAAUGGCACGUUAGAAUAUCUCCAGAGAGACUUAAGGUUUAGUUAGCGUAACUAGCUUAGCAUCGUGCUGAACGUCCUCGAGCUAAAUGUUCUGCCUUAUAUCAACCAACCGGUGCAGGAGUCCUCGCUUAAACCCCCCCUUCUGUUGUUUUUAAUUUGAUGUUUUCUGAAGAAGGUUUGCACAAAGUUCAAGACUGUUCCCCGGAGAAACAGAAACAAUCUGCAAUAUGACGAGGAACAGAAGGUCAGAGGAGGUAUUUUUAUACACUUGAUAGAUUCUUAAAGAUGUUUUGUUUGUUGUCGUCUAGUUUGAGAAAAAGAGAAACUUCAGUGAUCUGUUGAGGUGCCGACUCUCACGCUGAAAUAUCACGCUGUAUAUACACACACAUGUAUGCAGACUGAGAGCCGACCGGACGAUUUAGAGUUAUUUAUAUAAAUGCUGAAAAAGAAUUGCACUAUUUUUUUAGAAUGAGCAGAUGGAGCGUGAGUGAGAGACUUUGAUUGUGAAGGAGCUCCGUCUAUGGAGGCGUAGAUGGACCGAAUGAGACCCUGAAAACGUUUACUAGAAGGGGGCGGGACCACUCAGUGCACAGCGGCAGUAUCACGACACAUAUCAUGGAGAUCAGCUGACUUAAGCUCGACAGACGCACUCGGAACAAACGUUACCGAAACCAUUGAUGAUGAAAGAAACAAAUCACCCCUUUUUAUGCAAAAGUCCGAGUCCUGAGAGCGAAAACCGAAAAGUCAGCGUGGAACCUGUGGGCCCAAUCAGAAAACUCAGCUGCCUCUGUCUUUCUCUCUCUCUCUCUUUUACCCCAUUGGCCGAAAUCGUUAGCCAAUCCCAAAGCUGGUUGUCACUACCUCGACCAAACGAGUCAAAGCACAUACAAGUUUGCUCAUCAGACUUCUGCCUCAUCCAAACGAACGUCUGAACCAAUCAAGAAAAUGUGUGAUUUAGAGACUAGAGACUGUGUUUAUGAUUUUAUUUGAAUGUCCAAAUCUUUGUUUUGUGUGGCGAGAGAGAGAGAGAGAGAGAGAGAGAGAAGGGAUGUAGAUCCAGGGACACAUGCGUUAAAAAAGGAAAGAAAGCCAAGUGCCCAACAGGCCCUGAGAGAGUGAUACGCUGUCUGUGCACUGCUGGGUCCACACACACACACACACACACACACACACACACACCCCCCUCUGGUAAGGUCUCUUUCCCCUUACAGGCAUCUCUGAGCACUUUACUGCAGCAGGAAAGAGUCCACAAUCUCCUGUCAGCCAGCGCUGGGCGUUAAACUCGGUACAAAUCUUUACUUUUCUUUUUUCUUUUUUGUUUGAAUUCACUGAAUCAUUGAGCAGCUCUGAACGGAUGCAAAAAGUUCUGCUCCAAAGUCACUUGAAGCUUUGGUGCGUCUGUUUGAAUCCGCCCCCCCUCUUAGCGCAGACGUGGAGUCAGAAGAGAUGCUCUCUUCAUACAAGACACAAGGUCCUGAAGUGACUCAGUCGUCUUCUUCCACCCUCCAAACACUUUCUGGUGCCGACCAAAAUCAGUCGGUGGCGCUGAGCUUGGGCUCUGUUAAACAGUGGCAUUGAAUGUCUGGUCUCUUUCACAGCGAUCAUUCCUGAAAUCUUUUUUAAUAAUAACAGUUUAGACAUUUUGGAGACUGAGCAUCUCUCCGCUUUGUGCUGCUGCCACUCGGAUAAAAGAACCUUUGACAUUUGAGAAAUAAAACACCCCCAUAUUCUCUCAAUAAUAAAAAAAGACACUUUCUCUCAUCGUGUUUGCAGCUUUGGAGCAGAACUUUUUUGUGCGCUGAACGCAGCACGAGACGGGUCGUCAAGAAGCUAGACACACUGAAGUGUUGAAAAGUGACACGAGUGUUUAUGGCGGCCCUGUCGCGGGUCGUCCGUUGAAGAGUUGAAGGAAUAAAAAGUGAAAUUGUAGCUGAUGAGAAUAUGCAGAAUAUGUUUGGUAGAUGUGAAGGGACCACAUGUUGGCACAAAGAAAAGCCAGCGAUCUUUAGAGUCCAGUCUUUAUGCAACAGCGCCCUCUACAGGGACCGGAACCAAACCACAGCCAAGACCCCCAAAACUGACUCGGCUCGAAUUUGCAGAAGACAAGGAAAGACAAACGGCCAAAAAAAGUGAGAGUAUCGAGUGAAUCCCAAAUGUUUUUGUCUUUUUUCCUUCUGAAACGAAUCACAGACGUUGUAGGCCCCGUGUCCACCUGGCAUUUUAUUCUGAGCGCCAGGGUCUUUUCUCAAUGAGUAGAGAGCGUUUGCAGCAGAAAGCGGUCGCCUGGAGAAAAGGCGCAGCGGCCAGCGUCUUUUUUCUGAGCGCUCCGAGCUGCAGAUCUUUCAAAUUUGCAUCAGAGUCUCUAGAGAUUUUCUGUUAAUUUACUCGUCAUCUGUAAAAGACAAGAAAUUUUAAUGGUUUUCAAGUUAUUUCCAAAAAUCGUAAAGAUUCUUAAAACCAUCGGGGCGAAAAUGAUUCAGGUGUGUGUCCAAUAAAAGCUAGUUUUUUUUCGGCUUCUGAAGCAGCAAAUUUGUUUCCUAACCCAAAAUAAUUUACAAUCCAGGAUGCGAGGAAUGUUGUUAUCUCGUCCUCAUGAUCACACAGCAGACUGAAUCACUCCUCAAACUUCUGUUCAUAUUUUAACAAAUUUAAAACUCCGGAGCUGCAUCCGUCCGUCAAAUCAGGUGUUUUAUUUGUGAUUCGACUUCAGUGAUUUAGAAAAAGACAAAAAUAGAACUCAUAAUCAAAAGUCAUUUCUUUCUCUUGUUUUGUUUACAGUCUCUGCUUUCCUUUUUUUUCAAAUUUAAUUUGAGCACUUGAAGAUAAAAAGAAACGAUUUUAAAGAAUCUCUUGACCCAAAGCAGCCAAAGGAGUGACGAGUCGUUCAAUCAAAAAAAAAAGAAGAGAUCCUGAGCCCGGUCCUACCGACGGGCUUUGAUACGUUAUUGACCUUCCCUUAGGCUAGUCUCCUCUUUCCCUCCAUCAGGAUGAAUCUUGUGUUUGGACUUGGCUGUCCCCCCCUUUAGUUUUUUAACGGUUUGGGUCCCUGCUGUUGAGGGUUUGCAGCGGGUAUCAGAAGGCUGGACGGACGCUGAGCAGAGAGUAGUCGGUAGAUUUAUGUAGGUAGAGUCAAAGAGUAAAGACUGUGGAAUCAAUCUCUCGCUUCAGGGAAACCUGCGCUGGCUGACGAUACAUAAACAAAAAAGACGAGAGGAGAGGAUGGAGAAUCACACAUUUAUCCGCUCACACGCAGACGAUGCAGCGCUCUGCCAGCACACACACACACGCGCCUUUGUUUACACGCAGAGAGGUGACAACAGGUUCGCUUUGCCUGUCUUUAACCAUCGAUAUGUUCUAAAUUCUCUGUUUUAUUAUGAAGUAUUAAAACACAAGAACCAUCGUGAAGUCGACAGUGACCUUCAAAUCAAAUCAGUGCAAAGAAAACGCAGAAUUCUGUGGAUCUCUCUGCUUCAAACCAGCCUGAAAGCAGUGUGACUUUUUGUUUAGUGAGCAGACAAGGUCUUUCCCACAGCAGAGUGUGUGUGUGUGUGUGUGUGUGUGUGUGUGUGUGUGUGUG